UCACGGAGCCUUUUCCCUCCUCUCUCUCUCCCCCACUGCGUGUCUUCUCCAAUUGAUCUUCUUUUUGCCGGCCAAAAUCAAACUCCCAAUCAACGCUCUCUCUUCCUCACUUCAGCCCUCACUUUCGCCCUACUUGUCGACGAUGCAAGAUUUCUUCGGCUCCGUUCGCCGAUCACUAGCAUUCAACUCACCCCCAUUUGCCGCUGAAGAACCAACAAGCACAUCCACGACCCCACCAUCUCUGGUCGAUAGGAUUAGCUCUUCCUUACGUAGGUCUCGGGCCUUCCAAAAACCCUAUUCCCCUCCUCUACCCUGGACCCUUCCUCCGAUUCGAUGGCGCAAGGGCGAGUUGAUCGGUUGUGGUGCCUCUGGCCACGUUUACAUGGGCAUGAACCUUGAUUCUGGAGAGCUAUUGGCCGUGAAGCAGGUGUUGAUUCCAUCGAAUGGUGCAAUGAAGGAGAGAACACAGGAUCACAUAAAGGGACUUGAGGAAGAAGUGAAGCUUCUGAAGAAUCUCUCACAUCCAAAUAUUGUUAGAUACUUGGGAACAGUGAGGGAAGAGGAAAGCUUAAACAUUCUACUGGAAUUUGUCCCUGGCGGAUCAAUAUCAUCACUUCUGGGGAAAUUUGGACCCUUCCCAGAGCCUGUUAUAAGAUCAUACACAGAACAGUUAUUGCAGGGACUUGAGUAUUUACACAACAACGGAAUCAUGCAUCGGGACAUUAAGGGGGCAAAUAUACUUGUAGAUAAUAAAGGAUGCAUUAAACUUGCAGAUUUUGGUGCAUCCAAACAGGUUGUUGAGCUGGCUACUAUUACAGGUGCCAAAUCGAUGAAGGGUACUGUAUAUUGGAUGGCUCCUGAAGUCAUUCUGCAGACUGGUCAUAGCUGCUCUGCUGAUAUAUGGAGCGUUGGAUGUACGGUAAUCGAGAUGGCCACUGGAAAGCCUCCUUGGAGCCAGCAAUACCAAGAGGUUGCUGCAUUCUACUUCAUAGGGUCUACAAAAUCCCAUCCUGAAAUUCCCGAGCAUCUCUCUACUGAGGCAAAAGAUUUUCUGCUCCAAUGUUUGCAGAAGGAACCAAAUAUGAGGCCAGAUGCAACCAACCUGCUGCAGCAUCCCUUUAUUACAGGAAAGUUUUUGGAGUCUCAUUCUGUCACUGAUACCUUGGUCAUGGAGAAUUCUGCAACUUCUUUGCAAUUACAUCCCACUGACCUGAACACUCUUCAAAUGUCAGUCUGUCCUGACACAUCAGACGUCUGUAAUUUGGGCACUCUGAGGUAUUCAACAAAUACUAAUAACCUGUUAGAAAGUAAGCUUGGAUGGGGAACAAAGAACAGUGAUGAAGAUAUGUGCCAGAUUGAUAAAGAUGAUUUUACAGCUGAUGAAAUAAAGCUUACUUCUGGUUUGAAUCCAUAUGACUUCAAUCAGAGUUGUGAUUCUAUGUGUGAGCUUUCUGGCGACUGGAGCAACAAAUUUGGUGUGAGUUUUAAACAUGAACCGGCAGAAAAGAAUUCAGCCACUACACAAGAAUCUACCGCAUGUCCUAAAGCUUUUGGCAAGGAGGAAAAUAGUUUGUUUCCUUUUGGGGCAUCACUGUCUGAGGAUGAUGAUGAACUCACUGAGUCAAAAAUUAAAGCCUUUUUGGAUGAGAAGGCUUUUGAACUAAAGAAACUUCAAACACCUUUAUAUGAAGAAUUCUACAAUAGUUUAAAUGAAGCUUGCUCUCCAAAUUUGUCUGGGAGUAAAUGUGACGAAACUAUUCCAAAUUACUUGAAGUUACCCCCAAAAAGCAGGUCUCCAAAGCAGGUUCGAGUUGGGUCUCCAUCUGCAGCUUGUGCUGGAAGCCCUGGGAGUAAUAGUAGACGUGUAUCUAAUAUCAUUAAUGUAAGGGAUCACAGUUUACGUGAGAAUUUAUCUCCUCAACAUAACGAUCAGAAAGGGCCCCUGGUUGAUGCGCAUCUAGAAUCAAGUAGCCCACGUAUGAGCUUUUCUGAGAGGCAGAGAAAGUGGAAAGAAGAGCUUGACCAAGAGCUUGAAAGAAAAAGAGAGAUGAUGCGUUUAACGGGUGUAGGAGGAAAAUCUUCACCCCUCAAGGAUCAAGCCUUGAAUAAGCCGAGGACAAGGUUUGCAUCUCCGGGCAGAUGAAUAAGUCAGAAAAUUUUGCUGGAUCUCAAGGACAAUUGCUUGCUAUGAAGAGUUCAUAUGAUCUCCCAAGUUAUGAAAUAUGAUCUAGAGUGGUGGUUCGCCAUUUACAGGUGAAAAACAGCAGUGAAGCAACAUCUCCUCAUUGUGAAGCCUAAAAAUGUGUGCCCUAUUAUUGGUUUAAAGGCCUAAUUGGUAUACACCACAUAAGCCAUUCUUGCCAAAAAAGGUAAAUAUCUGGAGAUGAUGUAUUGUUCUUUUUUCUUUUUUGGAGUUGAGGGUGGGUUUUCUGAUGUUUCCAUACACAUUGUAUUAUUGAUGUAGAGCAACCAGAAUCAGUAUUGAACAUGGCACAUCAUACCCUAAAAUUUACUUCCACGUUUUUCUUAGCCACACUUGUGGAUCUUACAGAAGUAAGUACCUAAUGUGUGUUAGUGUUGAUUGUUGCCAAGCUGGCAUGUUGAGCUGAGGAAUUCUCGGUAACAGAAAAAGUGUAUUGUUGAUUGUUGUUUUGA